AUGCAUCAUUUCACUUUCGCGCGCGCUCUCCCUUCUUUCUCAACAUCUUUCAGCGCAACCCGCUCUGCACAUAAAAUGUCCAGCGCCGUCCAAAACUUCCGCCCAGUGGUAAUCUCCGGCCCAAGUGGCACCGGCAAAUCCACCCUCCUAAAACGCCUCUUCGCCGAAUACCCCACAAAAUUCGGCUUCAGCGUCUCACACACAACCCGCGCCCCACGCCCCGGCGAAACAAACGGAAAAGACUACAAUUUCGUCACGCGCGACGCCUUCAACUCCCUAAUCGCAGAAAACGGCUUCAUCGAAAACGCCCAGUUCGGAAGUAACCUGUACGGUACAUCCGUCGCCGCGAUCAAGACCGUCGCGGAGCAAGAACGCAUUUGCAUCCUGGACAUCGAGAUGGAAGGUGUGAAGCAGGUGAAGCAGCGGGAGGAUCUGAAUGCGCGGUUCGUGUUUCUCGCGCCGCCGAGUAUGGAGGAGCUGGAGCGCAGGUUGAGGGGGAGGAAUACGGAGACGGAGGAUAGUUUGCAGCAGAGGCUGAAGCAGGCUAGGAAUGAGAUGGAGUAUGCGGAGACGGGGGCUCAUGAUCGGGUUAUUGUUAAUGAUGAGAUUGAGCAGGCUUAUGCGGAGUUGAAGGAGUUUAUUGUUGAUGGGGGGCGGUUUGGGGCUUAG